CUGCCCCUUUGAGAAGAAACCACAGAGAGAGGAGGCUGGCAAAUGUCCUUGUCCUAGCUGUCUCCUGCCACAAUACCAGCUUUUCCACUCAGUGCUUCAGUUAGGCACAAGGAAAAUUGUACUGUUGUGUGAGCGACACACAUACCCCCAGUGCUAACGUUCCCGAAGGUCCCCCAAACAGCCAUGGCAAGUGGUACGGAUUCAGAUGGUGAGCAGGUGGUGCCAGAUGAAGAAGGACCCAGUGUGAAAACAGUGCAAGCCCACUAUCUCCGUAGUCCCUCCCCCAGUCGAUAUUCAGUGAUAUCAGAUACAGAUACUGAGAGCAUAUUCAUGGAACCCAUCCACCUGUCAUCUGCUGUGGCUGCUAAACAGAUCAUCAAGGAAGAGCUGAAGACAAAGGAGGUGAAGGCAAACUCUGUGUGUCCAGGGAUGCUGGAAUCUGCAGAGCAGCUACUGGUGGAAGACUUGUACAAUCGGGUUAAGGAAAAGAUAGAUGACACUAGCUUGUUCAACACACCAUGUGUCAUGGACUUGCAGAGGGCACUUGUGAAGGAUCGGUUUGAGUCACCAAAAGAUGCCAUUGAUGAGGUCUGGCCAAAUAUCUUCAUAGCAGAAAAGAGUGUUGCAGUGAAUAAAGGUCGUCUAAAGCGACUAGGAAUUACACACAUCCUUAAUGCUGCUCAUGGCACUGGUGUAUAUACAGGACCAGACUUCUACAAUGGAAUGGAUAUCCAGUACUUAGGCAUUGAGGUAGAUGAUUUCCAAGACUCCGACAUCUCUAAACAUUUCCGUCAAGCUGCAGAGUUCCUUGAUGAAGCACUAUUAACCUAUAAAGGAAAAGUCUUGGUAAGCAGUGAAAUGGGAAUCAGCCGCUCAGCAGUGCUGGUAGCUGCUUAUCUGAUGAUCUUCCAUCACAUGACAAUCUUGGAAGCCUUGAUGACUAUGCGUAAGAAGCGGGCUAUUUAUCCUAACGAUGGCUUUCUGAAACAGCUUCGGGAGCUCAAUGAAAAGCUCCUGGAAGAACGGCAGGAAGAAGAUGUAGAAGAUUCUGAUGAUGAAACAGGUAGCCAAAUUUCUGUUGUUAGAGUGGGAAACGGUUCCCAGCUGUCUGGGGAAGAAGGUUCCGGGAGUAUCAUGGGAGCUAAAGCCCAUUCUAUCAUGGUAGAGGAAGAAGAUACUACUAGCCUUCUGGGAAGUGUUAUGACUGCCUCCUCUAUGGGACAAUCAAGUUUGGUUUCCAAACAGCCUACACUUAUUAGUGAAGAGGAGGAAGAGCAACUUUAUGAAGAAUGGAGAAAGAAGCAAGGCUUGCCUGCAAGGGAACUUUCAAACAAGGAUGGGGAUAGCAAGUUCCCAUAUGAUGCAUUUCACGUGCAGGAAGAAUCUAAUGAGGACAUGACGCAGAUGAUCCAAGAGUGGCAAUGCAAAAAUGAGAAGUACCAAAUGGAAAACUACUUGUUUCCCAGGGAGGAAGAUGGAGACUCUAGCAUGGGAGAAAGACCAUAUUCUGUAAGGGAUAUAAGUGAUACUGAAAGUGUGAGUAGCCAAGAGAUCAGGAUCUUGAAAGAACAGCUGGAAGCAAGUGGCAUGAACAGGAUGAGGAGAGGGCGCACAGACUCCAUGUCUACAGAAAGCAGUUGGGAUAUGUGGAAUGAGAGGAUGAUGGAGAUAGAGAAGGAAGCUGCUCAAAGAUAUUGUUCCAGAACAAAAUGUGGUGAUAAAAAUUUGAUGCCUGAAAGUGGAACAAAGAAAAAAGAGGUAGAUGAAGAAAGUAUAUUAUCUGACACUAGUUCCUUUUAUAAUUUCUGUCAAAAGAACAAAGAUAAACUGACUCCUUUAGAAAGAUGGAAAAUCAAAAGAAUCCAAUUUGGCUUUCAUAAAAAAGAUUCAGAUGCUUCUGAGCAAUCCAAGGCUGAGGACGGCAGCCAACAAAAUAAAGAAGCUAUAGAAGAGGAGAAGAACUUGUCAGAUCUUAACCUGACAGCUUAUCAGGCCUGGAAGACAAAACACCAGAAGAAGGUGGGCAGUGAGAAUAAGGAUGAGAUUGUGGAUCUUGUGAUAGGGGAAGAUUCUGCCUCUGCCAAGAGAAAGCAGAGACGAAUGGAGUUGCUUGAACAUUCAAAGAAAGUUCUGGAAGAAAGUCAGUCUCUCUGCAGCUGGGAGGCAGAGAGCACAAUGAGUGGAAGUAUCCCUUUGUCAGCCUUUUGGCCAUCAACAGCUUCAGUAAAUGGUCAAGAGGAUUCUGCUUCAGCAUUGAGCAUGCAGACCAAUCGCUCAUCAUUCUCUCAGGCUAGAAGCAGUGGCAGAGCCAUGCUCACCCCUGCAGUAGCACCAAGUAUGCCCAACCUCCCUGUUGGCCCAGAGGACACGAUAUCAAUAGCCAGCAUUCAGAACUGGAUUGCCAAUGUGGUUAGUGAAACUAUUGCUCAGAAACAAAAUGAGAUACUGAUGUUGUCUCGCCCCUCAUCAGCAUUGGCUUCCAGUGUGAAAUCAGGUGAUCCUGGUAGACAUCUGGAUGAUGACAAGUCAUCUCUGCUCAGUGCACAAAGUGGCUUGUCCUUGUCUAGUUCUUUGCUUCGCCAGCAGGAUGCCCAAUAUGCUGAUGCUCAGUCUCUUCUUUCUUGUAACACUUCAGUGAGUGGAAGGACAGGAGGGUCCAGCUCAAGCAGGAAAGUGACACAAACAAGCAAACCUCUUUAUAGCCUCUUUGCUGAUGAGAUUGACCUGAAGAAACUUAGCAGAAAAGAAAAGGAGAUGCAAAUGGAGAUAAGAGGGAAAAUGUCAGAUUACCAGGCUAAAAAGCUUAUCAGUGACAAUAAACGUAGCACUUUAUUUAAGAAGAAAAAGAUCAAGGGCGAUGAUGAAGAUGAGAUGACAGAAAAUGAUAUAGGAAACAGAACUGGUGACAUUAGGUACUCCAUGCAAGGAGAAUUUGACAGGAGCGACACAGCUUCUGCUCUCUCAGGCCAGUUUGCCAAAGUAGGUGCUAUAAGAUCAGAGGUGGAAAACAAUGUAAACCAGUGGCUCAAAGAGUUGAUGACAGAAGAAAAAUCCUCUUACCAGGACAGCACUGACACUAGUGGAGAGAAAUACACAAGGUCAUCCACAUUCAGAGAGCAGGAUACUGAAGCUUCCAGCUAUAGGUUUCACAGGUCCCAAAAAGAAGAAAUGGAUAGUUCCUCCACUUAUCAAUAUGGAAAUGACUUGCAGAGGACCUCAUCCCGAUUUUCCUCAGCCUCUGCACAAGAAGACAGGGGGGCAUACAGAUUUACACGAUCAAAGUUAAGUGAGACAAGUUCCAGAGAAGGAAGUCCAGAGCCAUAUUUUUUCAGAAGAACUCCAGAACCUUGCCACAGCUCUGAGUCCUCUGAACCAUCUACACAUAGUCGAAUCAGAACACAUCACUUGGAAGAAUGUGAGGAAGAGUCCUGUUCAGAUGUCUCUGAAUUUGGAGCCAAGAGAAAAUUCACCCAAAGCUUUGCAAAGUGUGAAGAGAAUGGAGAGAAAGAAGAAAAACUGGAGGAAAGCAAAGAGUGUUUUUCAUCAAGGCAUUUAUUCAGAAACAGGCAACACUCUCGCAAGGAGGAAGAAGAAGAAAUGGAUGAUGAUGCCAUUAUUGCUGCCUGGAGAAGUCGACAAGAAGAAACCAAGGCAAAGCUUCGAAGAAGAAAAGAUGAGUAAUAGAGGGCAAAGUCAUACCAAUUCCAUGAUUUUCCUCCAACUUUUAAAGGAAAGCCUUCCAAGUCUCAGAAAGAAAACCAGUUUCAAAUGUUACACUUUGAUCACCCACCAUGACAGUUCCAAUUAUUCUUCCCUAUGAGCAGAGCAGAGUUUAGUCCUACAGAUACUUAUAGUUCAGUUCUCAUCCUGAGAGGAGGGGAAAGAACAGCACCUCGAAAGAAAGAUGGUGUGUCAGAAUUCAGUUCUUGGUAUGCACUUUUCAAGUGCUACUUGAAUCUGGAGGAAAGUGCUUUAACAAAACAGAAAAAAAUAAAAUUACAGACAAAGCAAGCAUUCAGUUGAAAUAGUUACCUCAGAUGCAUUCCCCCCACCCUUUGUCUGCAGUCAUUGAUAUGGUACUCUGCUAUUUUCUGUUAAGUUCCUCAUGAUUAGAACUGGAACCAAACCAACAGCUUUCAGCACCAAUUUUACAAUGUACCAUUUCCUUUAGCACAGAUGCUCUGUUAUUGUUUGGGCCGUACAGCUAAACGCUUAAUAUUCCUUUCCUUCUAAAUCCUAAACGAUUGUCUUCUGUUUCUGUUGUAUCUAUAUCAAGAAAACAACUGAAGGAAAAAAAGUUAGAGUGUUCCCUUGACAACUCAUAAUGGAGCAAAAUGUCAGGCAUCAGUCACAUGGAGAGAAUUUGUUGAAGGCUUUUAAUUUUGUUUGCUAUAAAGGAAUCAACUCCAAAGAUAAAAAUUUACCUUUGUAACAGAGCAGUAGGCAUAGCCUCAUAAAACAUGCGCUACAACAGUGGGUAUCUCUUUUAAAUGUAAAUGCAUCACGCUACAUUUAGGUGUGUAUACAAUGAACCUAAUAGGAACUCUGUACUAGUAGUAAAAGAUGUCACUGCAUGUUUGCUUGUCUGCUCUGCAUGAACUACAAAAGUCUCCUGAAAGCCAAUAGGCCAAAACAGGUCAAUAGACGAGGACAGUCCCCUAUAAGAGCUUCUAGGUCAAGCCUGCUCCUUUGCUUUGACCAGCAAAGGGGAUCAGUUCACUGAAACUCUCUACCAUAAACUCAACCUGCCCAGCCUAUCCUUUGUUUGUAUCUCCUUGCCCAGCUUUUGCUAGUGUCCUACGCAGCCUCUGCCUGCCAGCAUCUCACCUUGCUCUUUACUACUCUAAAUAAAUCAGUAGGAGCUCCA